AUGCCAGCAAUCGCGGCCAACACUUUCGAAAUCAAAUCAGGCACCAUUCAGAUGGUUCAGAACUCUGUUCAGUUUGGGGGUUCUCCAACGGAGGAUCCUAAUAUGCAUAUUCGGGAUUUCAUCGAGAUCUGUGACACUUUCAAGUUUAAUGGAGUUACCGAAGAUGCUAUCAAAUUGAGGCUGUUCCCAUUCUCUCUGAGGGAUAAAUCUAAAGGAUGCUUGCAUUCUCUUCCUGCAGGAUCUAUUACGACAUGGGAUGAUCUGGCUCAGAAAUUUCUUACUAAGUUCUUCCCUAUGGCCAAAACAGCUGCAAUCAGGAACGCUAUCACUCAAUUCUCUCAACAAUCUGGUGAAACUCUUUGUGAAGCUUGGGAACGCUACAAAGAGAUGCUUGGAAAGUGCCCACAUCAUGAGAUGCCUGAUUGGAUGAAUCCGACUCAGCGUCUUCAUCAGGGCAAAGCAGCAAGAAUUCUAGAUGUUGAUGCUACUACAGCUUUGACUGCUCAGCUUAAGGCUCUUACUAUGAAGGUGAAUUCUUUGGCAAAUCUGGGAAAUCAGCAGCCACCUUCAGUUUGCGAGAUUUGUGCUGGUGCACAUUCUUCUUAUCAGUGUGCUAUAUCUAGUGAAUCCGCUCAGUUUGUGAGCAACUUCCAGAGGUCUCAACAGCCAACUCCUGCCACUUAUCUUCCCAAUAAUCGGAAUCAUCCGAAUUUCAGCUGGAGCAACAAUCAGAACUUCAUGCCACAACAGCAGCAACAGUUUCAGCAGCAAGGUGCUAGACCUUUCAACCCUUUUGGUUUUCCACAACAGUUUGCACCGAAGCAGCAAUUCCAUCCACCUGGAUUCCAGCAACAAAAUCAUGGGAUUGGGCAGAUUGCUAACGCGUUGAUAAAUAGACCACAAAGAACUCUUCCUAGUGAUACCGAGGCCAAUUUGGGUAAGAAAGAGAUGAAGGAACAGUCUGAUAGUGGAAAAACUGUUGUUGAAGCUGAUAAGAAUGUAAUCAACGAGGAAGCAAGCAAGGAAUCAGCCAAGAAGUCUAGUCCUAAAGCUGAUAUUGGGGUCAAGCAAGUAUAUCCACCUCCCCCUUUUCCGAAGAGACUUUAG